AUGGGGUCUGGAGGCAGCCUGGGGUUUGCUCUCUUGUGCUGGGUGCUUGCUGGAGUGGUGUCUUCUAGUCCCUGGGAUUCCCCUUGGAGGAAUUCAGGGUUUUUGAGAGUAAGAGGGGACUCUUCUCGGAGGCAGCCUCAGGCACCUGCCUUCCCCCAGGCCUCCCCCUGGGCUUGGGUGGAUCUCUCCCAGCUCCAGGCCGCAUCCCCGCUGCACCCUGUGGCCGUGCGGUGCCAGGAGGCUCAGAUGGUGGUCACGGUGCACAGGGACCUCUUUGGCAUGGGGCGCCUGGUGAGGGCUGCGGACCUGGCCCUGGGCCCGGCCGCCUGCCAGGCCAUGAGCGCCACGGAGGACAUGGUGACCUUUGUGGCCGGGCUCCACGAGUGUGGCAGCACCCUGCAGAUGACCUCAGACUCCUUGAUCUACAAAACAAGUUUGUCCUACAAACCUACUCCUGCAGGCAACCUAGUCAUUGUAAGAACAAGCCCUGCGGUGGUUCCCAUUGAGUGCCAUUACCCCAGGAGGAAUAAUGUGAGCAGCAAUGCCAUCAGGCCCACGUGGGCUCCUUUUCGCUCCACCCUGUCAUCAGAAGAGAAGCUGGUGUUUUCCUUGCGCCUCAUGAAUGAUGACUGGAGUGCGGAGAGACUCUCCAAUGGAUUCCAGAUGGGGGAGAGCCUGCACUUCCAAGCUGAUGUCAGUUCUGAGAACCAUGUCCCUCUAAGGCUCUUCGUAGAUGAGUGUGUUGCUACCUUGACCCCAGACAAGAACUCCUUGCCCCGAUAUGCCUUGAUUGACCUCAAUGGGUGCUUGGUGGAUGGGAGAUUAGAUGAGGCCACUUCAGCUUUCCUGUCCCCAAGACCAAGGCAGGAAACACUGCAGUUUGUGGUGGAUGUAUUCAAGUUUGCCAAAGAUGACAGAAGUUUGAUCUACAUCACCUGUCACCUGAAGGUCUCCCCAGUUGACCAGCCCCCAAAUUCCCUAAACAAGGCCUGUUUCUUCAACAAAGCCAGCAGCCUCUGGGUUCCAGUGGAGGGUACUGGAGACAUCUGCAGCUGCUGCGAGACUGGCCACUGCCUCUUGCAGGGAGGAUACUCCCGCAGAGCCAACCCCCUGGCCAGGCGGCCCGAGAGGCGCUCGAGAAGAGCUGUGCCUUCUGGACGAGGUGGGUCCUCAAAGGGAUUGGAAGCUGAUAUAUCAGUUGGACCCCUAAUAAUCCUUGAUCCAGCUCGGGGAUUAUGGAGCUCCUCAGAAGGUCUCUUGCCAGCAGGGAAGACUGCACAAGGUGCUGCUGAAGGACUCUCUACACUGGUCCAAGUUGUCAUGCUCAUUGCAGCUACUGUGCUGAGCUUAACUGCCCUUGCACUAUUCCUAGUGUGCAAAAAAUGCAGCUGCCUUCCUGUGGAAGUGUUAUUGUAA